GCCAAAAUUGUUAACGACAAGAUGAGUGAGGAUUUCACAGCUCUUCAUAUUGCCGCUGUUAACGGUUACGUAGAGAUAGCUAGUACUCUAAUACAGAAAGGCCGAUGUGAUGUGAAUGCCAGGGACAAGGACAAAAGAACACCUUUAAUAAUCAGUGUAGCGCAAGGCCAUAAAAGAACAACGGAGGUUCUAAUAGCAGCUAGUUGCGAUGUCAAUGCACAGGACAUAAAUGGUAACACCGCUUUACAUGUAGCCCAGAUGAAGAACUAUUUUCCAGUGCAUUUGAAAACAAAUCAAGAGGACGGAAAAAACGUUGGCACAGAAAUCUUAUGUACUUUACUAGAAGCCAAGGCAGAUAUUCACAUUAAAAACAAAGACAAGAAAUCCCCUCUGGAUUUGGCUGAAGAUGAAAAAACAAAACAGUUCAUGACUAGAUUAUCUAAAAAUGCUGGUGCUGCCACACUUGCUACUACAAAGAGAGGUAUUGGACUUCCCCUUGACUGGGAGAAGAUGGGAUCAGAAAGUUUCAAAAGAGUUCCCCUCUCUCCAGAUGCUGGUGGUAUGAUACAGAAGGAGUAUGAAAUGGUUGCACAGAAGUUCAAGAAGACAUUAGGACAAGUCAAGAUAUUGCAAAUAGACAGAGUUCAAAAUAUGCUGUAUUGGGAACACUAUCAAUUCAUGCGAAGACAUCUCGAAAGCAAAUAUGGAGGCAUUGGAUGUUCCAAUGAGAGGGACCUAUUUCAUGGUACUAUACCAAAGAUAGUAAAUGCCAUCUGCAAAGACAACUUUGACUUUCGUCUGGCAGGUGAUAGAGUUGGGACUCUAAUAGGGCACGGUGCUUAUUUUGCAAUGGAUGCCAAGUAUUCUGAUUUGUAUGCAACACCAGAUGAACAGAGGCACAAGUACAUGUUUCUAGCCAAAGUUUUGUGUGGAAAAUGGUGUGUUGGGGAUGGAAAGUAUAAAAGGCCUCCCCCUGUUGAUCCUUCGAGAGAAGAUUCAGAACUUUAUGACUCAUGUGUAGAUAAUCAGGAUAAUCCAAGAAUCGUCUGUGUAUUUGAUAAGAAUCAAUAUUAUCCUCACUAUGUGAUCAGAUACAAAUAAGAUUUUA